AUGAUCCCAAAGUUUCUCAUGGUAUCUUGCACACUGGCUGCCCUAACUCAUUCAACUACUUUUUCUCUGCAGCCAGAACACCAGAAGGUUCUAGUAGUUUCCUUUGAUGGAUUCCGCUGGGAUUACAUAUAUAAAGUUCCAACACCUUAUUUUCAUUAUAUUAUGAAAUAUGGUGUUCAUGUGAAGCAAGUCACUAAUGUUUUUAUCACAAAAACCUACCCUAACCAUUACACUUUGGUCACUGGUCUCUUUGCAGAGAAUCAUGGCAUUGUUGCAAAUGACAUGUUUGAUCCCAUUCUGAACAAAUCUUUCUCCUUGGAUCACAUGGACAUUUAUGAUUCUGAGUUUUGGGAAGAAGCCACACCAAUAUGGAUCACAAACCAGAGGGCAGGGCAUGCUAGUGGCGCAGCCAUGUGGCCAGGAACAGAUGUAAAGAUCCAUGAGAGUUUCCCCACCUACUAUCUACCUUACAAUGAGUCUGUUUCCUUUGAAGACAGAGUUGCCAAAAUCAUUGAAUGGUUUACAGCCAAAGACCCCAUCAAUCUUGGUCUUCUCUACUGGGAAGAGCCCGAUGAUACGGGCCAUGAUGUGGGUCCUGACAGUCCUCUCAUGGGACCUGUCAUUUCAGACAUUGACCACAAGUUAGGGUAUCUGAUAAAAAUGCUGAAAAAGGCCAAGUUAUGGAAUAACGUAAACCUAAUCAUCACGAGUGAUCAUGGGAUGACCCAAUGUUCCAAGCAAAGGGUGAUAGAACUUGACCGCUAUCUGGAUAGAGACCACUAUACCCUGAUUGACCACUCACCUGUAGCUGCCAUCCUGCCCAAAGAAGGUAAAUUUGAUGAAGUCUACGAUGUGCUUGCCCGUGCCCAUCCUAACCUAACGGUCUACAAAAAGGAGGAAAUUCCAGAACGAUGGCAUUACAAGCACAACGAUCGAGUUCAACCAAUCCUAGCAGUGGCUGAUGAAGGGUGGUAUAUUUUGCAGAAUAAGUCAGAUGAUUUCCUGUUAGGCAACCAUGGUUAUGAUAAUGCAUUAGCAGAAAUGCAUCCAAUAUUUUUAGCCCACGGUCCUGCCUUCAGAAAGAAUUUCACAAAAGAAGCCAUGAACUCCACAGAUCUGUACCCACUGCUCUGCCACCUCCUCAAUAUCACCGCCCUGCCACACAAUGGAUCAAUCAGGAAUGUCCAGGAUCUUCUCAGUUCAGCAACUCUAAAAGCCAUUCCCUACACACAGAGUACCCCACACCUCCUUGGUAGUGACAAGCCAGUAGAGCAUGAGCAAGAGGAGUCAUACCCUUAUUACAUAGGCAUCUCUCUGGGCAGCAUUAUAGCCAUUGUCUUCUCUGUAGUCCUCAUUAAGCAUCUAAUUCACAGCCAAGUGCCUACCUUACAAUAUAUGCAGGUUGAAGUUGCUCAACCAUUGCUACAAGCUUAG